AUGUUAUGUUCAUGUUCAUGUUUCGAAUUGAAUGAUCUAAUCGAUGAAAUUCUUUUGCUUAUUUUUGAAAAAUUGGAUAAUCUUGAUAUACUUUAUUCUUUGCAUGGUGUUAAUAAACGAUUGAAUAAUAUAAUACGUGAUCCAUUAUUCACAAAUAGUCUGAACUUUGUCAAAUGGUCAUCGAAGAAAUUUUCUUCAAAUGUUAUAUUUAAUCGAUAUUGUUUACAAAUUUUACCUGAUAUAUCUAUGAAAAUCAAAUGGUUUUACAUUGAAUCAUCAUCUGCGAAACAUAUUCUACGUGCUGCAGAUUAUCCGAACUUAUAUGGACUUGCCCUAUAUAAUAUGAAAGUUCAAAGUUUGUCACAAUGUCUUUAUCUUCUUGAUGGUCGUUUCAGUCAACCACAAACACUCUAUGUUGAUUUGGCUAAAGUUCUUUCAAUAGAUUUACCUGAAAAUAAAGUAAAGAUUCCAAAUCUAAAGUGUUUUGUUCUAUCAUGUCCUUGGGAAAUAUCAUCGUAUGAAGAAUUAAUUUUGCUACUUCUUUAUCGAAUGAGAAAUUUAGAAAAACUUGGUUUAUAUCUUACGUUCUAUGUUAAAGAUAGAUUUAUUGAUGGAAAUCAUAUAAAGACAAAUAUAUUGUCAAAUAUUCCGUAA